UGUCGGGCCUGUCCAACUUCUGGCCAAGACAGCAACAACAACGUUCACAUGGAUCCUUCUGGCUGGCUGGCUGGCUGGCUGGAUGGAUGGAUGGAUGGAUGGAUGGAUCGUUGGACUGAUACCUGUAGAUGGAUGGAUGGACGGGAACUCAAAAUGCUUCCCGGCCAGAUGCGGCCAAACGGGCUGAUAGGCAAGUGAGUGACUGAGUGAGUGCAAGAGACAAAUGUGACUGAGGAU